AUGAGAUUUUGGGAAGCUCCGGAUAAACAGCUUCAUCCGAUAUUCACGAAAAGACCUAGUCUUGAGCAAACAUACUAUGAUGUCCUCAACCAGGAUAAUGUUGAAAUUGUCAAUGUCAAGGAUGAACCAAUUUUAGAAGUUACUAAUACCGGUUUAAUAACAUCAGAAAAGGAGUACGAAUUUGAUAUUAUUAUCUACGCUACAGGAUUUGAUGCAGUAACGGGUGGAUUUUACCAAAUUGACUUGACUGGCAAAGAUGGUAUCACUCUUCACAAAAAGUGGAAAGAUGGCAUGUACACCUACUUAGGCAUGACAAUUGCAGAUUUCCCUAACUUAUUCUUUCUUUAUGGUCCUCAAAGUCCGAGCGCGUUUUGUAAUGGUCCAACUUGUUGUUUGAUUCAAAGUGAAUGGAUUAGAGACAUAGUUGAUUAUACAAAAAAGCAUGAUUAUAAGUAUAUCGCUCCAAGGGAUGAGGCACAAUUUGACUGGAAAGAAUAUCAAUGCAGGUGCAAAUAA